AUGUUGAACAACUCCAAAAAGUAGAAAAGUAAGUCUAAAAAGUUGUCAAAGGCAAAGGAUUUAGAAGUGAAAUCAAGAUGUGAGAGCGCUAAAUUCAAAUCUGAAUAGGCGGCAUGCUAAUAUGAGUAUGAAAUAUUUUCAUUUGAUAGGCAAACUACGAUAAAAAAGGUCAAGAAUGAAAAGGACAUAUCCCCCAAUCUGGAGGAAGAAAAUCCUUUUGGUUCUUAGAUAUUAUUAUAAUCUGAUUUGUAGGAUGAUGAUAAAUUAAUUUGCGAGGAAAUUGUGAAAGACUUUACUUCCUUCACAUUCAAUAAUUCAUUAGAACAUUAAAUUAGUUAGGAGGAUGAGUAAGAAACUUUGUCAGAAUUUAUGAGAGAAUAAGUGAAAUACGAAGAAAUUUAUAUUUAUAAAAAAAAUUACCUCAAUAAUUAGAAGGAAAUUUAGAGUCAUAUGGUGGCAAUUCUAUUUGAUUGGCUCAUCGAAGUUGCUCAUUCAUUUCAUUUCAAAAGAGAAACCUUUUAUUUGUCCAUCAAUUAUGUGGAAAGAUACUUGUUAAGACAACCAAAUGUUGUUAUAUCGAGAUUUCAACUUUUAGGAGUGGCAGCUAUCUUCAUUGCUCACAAAUGUGAGGAGAUCUACCCAAAAACUUUAAAAGAUUUUCAUCGACUUAUAUAAGACCAAUAUACAAUUUAGGAGAUUGAGUAAAUGGAGGUCUUAAUAUUGAAAUCGCUUGAUUUUCGAAUGUAUCCAAACACUCCCAUAUUUUGGUUGAAUUAUUAUACCAAAUUGUGGGACGAAUUCAUUAUUGAUAAAGACCCUUGUGUUAUGUUCAAGGAGAGAACAAAUGAGGCAUAUUACAGAUACAGGGAAUUGGUGUAGUUAUUUGAUGUUUGUCUGAUAGAUUAUCAAUAUAAGCAGAAUGAGAAGCUGACUAUUUUGAGUUUAAUUUAUCUGGUUGUUGCCAAAUAAUUAUAAAUAUUCGAUGAUUAUUAAACUAUGGCUAUAUCACAAUCGGAAGUUUACGAUUUCUUUCAUUCAGAUGAAUAGAAAUACAACAAAUUGUUUAGAUAAUUCAUACUCUAAUCCGAGAUAUAUUUAGAAUUUGAUAGGCAAAUCUUUUAUGAGGAUUUAAAUGAUGUAAUUUGCCAAUUGGUAAAGUAUUUCAUCCUUCGAUUUGAUAACUCCUUACCAAGAGUGUUACUAAAUAACCAAUAGUUUAUUGAUGAAAUGUAACACGAAGAAUUACUAUCCUUUUAGACAUACAAUAAAAGUACAAUAGAAACUAUAACAAUUAUUUCAAAACAAAAUUAAUGA